AAAUAAAAUAGAUGACAUAGAAUCCAAAAUCCACUCUUCAUUCGCAUUUGGUAUUUUUACGCACAUGAAAUUUUCAGCCAUUCAUGAGAGCGUUACGACAGCUCCAAUGGCGGCACUUCACAAGUGGUGGUUCAAUCAAAGAAUCCUUACGCUCCCUGUACAUUAACAUGAAUCUGUGCACUUAUUUUUUGGAGAAUUGCACGAAUAUCCAAACAUUGAACCAAGUCCAUGCCGUUAUGCUGGCUAAUGGAUUUCAUCAAAACAUCUUCUUGCAGACAAAACUUACCACCAUGUAUGCUUUGUUCAGCCUUGAGGACGCACGCCGUCUAUUUGACAAAAUUUCCAAACCAAAACUUUGCUUGUGGAAUGUUAUGAUUAGAGAGUAUGCCAGGAGUGGAGUCGGUGAGGAGGUAUUUAAACUUUAUUGUGAAAUGCUACAGGCAGGUCAAUGCCCGGAUAAUUUUACCUUCCCCUACGUGCUCAAGGCGUGCACUGCUUUGCCGGCUUUACGUGAGGGUAAGGAGAUUCAUGGACAUGUCAUUGCUUGUGGCUUUGAGUUCAAUUCUUUUGUGACGAAUUCCCUUGUGCAUAUGUAUGCUAAAUGCGGAGAUUUGAAGGAUGCCCGCCAAGUGUUUGACAAAAUGCUCGAACGGGAUGUGGUUUCAUGGAAUGCAAUGAUUGCUGGGUUCGCUCAGAAUGGAUGUCCAAAGGAAUCAUUGAGGUUGUUUAAUCAAAUGGUAUCGGGAGGUAUGGAACCGGACUCUUUGACCAUAAAAAGCGUGCUUCCUUCGUGUGCUAGUUUGUCAGCCCUGCAACAGGGUCAGUGGAUCCAUAAUUAUGCAAUUAAGACUGGCUUGGAGUCGGAUAUCGUUGUUUGCACUGCUCUCAUAGAUAUGUAUGCAAAGUGUAGAAAGUUAAAGACUGCACGUCAAAUUUUUGACAAAAUGUGUAGAAGAGAUGUUGUGUCAUGGAGCGCAAUGAUUGGGAGUUAUGCUCUGAAUGGUUAUGCUGAGGAGGCUUUGAAGCUCUUCUAUGACAUGCAAUUAACAGAUGUGAAGCCUGAUUUGGCUACCGUAAAGAGCGUGAUUCAGGUCUUUGCUUAUCUAGCAUCCCCGCAACCUGCCAAAUGGAUCCAUGGUUACAUCAUUAAUAUGGGUUUCGAGGCAGAUGUUUUGGUGGGCACUGCACUUGUAGACAUGUAUGUCAAAUGUGGUAGUGUAGAGAUGGCGCGGCAGUUGUUCGAUAAAAUGUCAAAAAAGGAUGUAGUCUCAUGGAGCGCAAUGAUUGCUGGGUAUGGUAUGCAUGGGUACGGUGAGGAUGCUCUUAAGCUUUUCUACCAAAUGCAAAAGAAUGGUGUGAGUCCUGAUGAAGUUACCUUUGUAUGUGUUUUAUCUGCCUGCAGUCAUGGAGGCUUGUUGGAUAAGGGCUGGCAAUGUUUUGAUUCCAUGACACGAGAUUAUGGCAUCAAGCCUAAUGUGGAACAUUGUGCUUGCAUGGUUGACCUCCUUGGCCGUGCUGGCCAUCUAGAUGUGGCAGAAGACUUUAUCAAAAACAUGGCAGCAGAACCAGAUUCUGGUGUUUGGGGAGCUUUGCUUGGUGCGUGCAGAAUUCAUUGCAAUAUCGAGGUAGGAGAGCGUGUGGCAAAUCGACUUUUUGAAUUAGACCCAGAAAAUACUGGACAUUAUGUGUUACUGUCAAAUAUCUAUGCUGCAGCUGGCAGAUGGGAUGGUGUAGCAAAGGUGAGAGCAAUGAUGAAAAACAGGGGAUUGAAAACGAAACGUGGAUGCACCUUGAUUGAAAUAAAUCACAGGGUACAUUCAUUCAUUGCAGAUGACAGAUCACAUCCUCAAUCUGAUGAAAUAUAUGCGGCAUUAGAAUCCUUGGCUAGACAGAUGAAGGAUGUAGGGUAUGUGCCUAACACAAGCCUUGUUCUGCAUGAUGUGUCAGAGGAGGUUAAAGAACGGAUGCUUUGGAGUCAUAGUGAGAAGUUGGCAAUUGCAUUUGGGCUUAUCAAUUCAAGUCCUGGAACCCCCAUUCAGAUUACUAAAAACCUUCGAGCAUGUGUUGAUUGCCAUAAUGCAACUAAAUUCAUCUCUAAGAUUUUUGAGCGAGAGAUUAUUGUAAGGGACGCAAUUCGUUUCCAUCAUUUUAGGGAUAGAUUAUGCUCGUGUGGAGAUUAUUGGUGAUGAUAAGAAAACAUGAACUAAAAUAACUUCAGACUGGAUCACCAUUCAGCAGCCCAGUUAGGAUUUCCUUAUGUUAGUGUGAUGGAAGUGGGCUGUGGGAACAAAAUAGUUGUGGACGAAAGAACAAUCUUUACGGUCUUCAGCAAGGCUGUAGAAACCAAGAGACAGAUCGAUGAAAUGAGAUUAUAUUCAAGUCCACGAAAGACCAAAAUAGGUCAGUAGGACUCGAACAACCAGUAGAGACAGCUAAAACAUUGAGACAACACAAAGACAAAGUAAACAUUGGACCAAAACCAAAGCUAGAGAGGGAAGCUAAAGAUACUAAUAUCCAAUUCAUGUUUUUCAAGGAAACUAAAAACAAGUGGGCGGAGUCCUAGUGGAGUUAUGAGCAAUACUUCUUAUGGGCCUAUCUUUACAACAUUCAAAUUGGGUUUUACUUGUUUCCAACAAAAUGCGUAUCUUCUAUAUAACAUCUGCACUUUAAACUGUAUUUGAAGAUGACUGCAUGUUUGGGCAAACCACCCUUUGCCCACUCAUUUUUAUGGUGCAUGUUGUCCAAACAAGCCAAACUCAACCUAGGUGUUUCAAGAAAGUGUAAAUUCUGGAGUUCUAGUGUAAAAUGUUACUAACAUAAAAGAAGUAACGAGAAUGGCAAAACAAACUGAAAUUUUGAACAGCUGUGGAUGAUUGAUUUAUGAAGAAUUUUUCGGGAUACUUUUAUCAAAACAGUCUAUUAAAGUGUGAGCUAAUUGAUAUUACUAACGAAAGAGGUAAUGAGAAUGGCAAGAUCAACUGAUUUUAUUUGUCAGAUAAAUAAUCAUUUUAUGAAGCUUUACGAGGGAUUCUUUGAUCAAUAUCAGCAUAUCAAAGUGUGAACUAAUUGGUAG